GCGGCGCGCGGCGGCUCCGCUCAGAGCGGCGCGGGCGCGGCGCGGGGCGGGCGGAGCGCGGCGGCCCCGCAGGCAGCACCGCAUGCCCGGGCGGGCGGAGGAGGCGGCGGCGCCGUCCAUGCGGGGCGGCGGGGCGGCGGUAUGAGCCAGAGCGAGGUGUCGGCGUGCGCGGCGCCGCCGCCCAGCCAGCGCGUGUUCCAGGAGGCGGUGCGGCGCGGCAACACCAAGGAGCUGCAGUCGCUGCUGCAGAACAUGACCAACUGCGAGUUCAACGUCAACUCCUUCGGGCCCGAGGGGCAGACGGCGCUGCACCAGUCCGUCAUCGACGGCAACCUCGAGCUCGUCAAGCUGCUCGUCAAGUUCGGCGCCGACAUCCGCCUGGCCAACCGCGACGGCUGGAGCGCCCUGCACAUCGCCGCCUUCGGGGGCCACCAGGACAUCGUCCUCUACCUGAUCACCAAGGCCAAAUACUCGGCCGGCGCCCGGUGAUGCCGCCCCGCCACCUCCCCCGAGCUGCUCCCGCCCCGCCCGGGACCCCGAGCGCCCGUUGCUGCCCUCGGGGCGGGUCUCUCCGCCUUCCGAGGGUCGUUUUCCUACUGUAACGUGGUCGUUUUUCUCCUCCAUCUACCUCGGCUGCACUCACAGUAUUCACGGUUUCAGUUUGACAUCUGGUCAGAUGCUUUAAAGGCUCCCCCCCGUGUGUCCCCUCCCCAGUCCCGCUAAUAUUUAAUCCUCCCUUUCCCUCUCCCCUCGCUCCCUCCGACUUCAAAAGUAUUCUGGCUCAGAAACGAGUUCAUUUCAAGGCUCCCGGGGCUGCCGGUACCCGCGUCCCCCCGGGCCGGGAGCAGCGGCAGAGCUGGCAUCUCCUCCUCUGGCAUCUCGUCCUCUGGCAUCUCCCCGUGUCUUCCCAUCACCGAUGCGUUUUCAUCCCCGAUGACUCCAUUGGAACAAGACCGACCCGCUCCUCUCAUCCCGAUUGCUCCUUUUUUUUUUUUUUUUUGUCUCCGUUCACCUUGGGGGUUUUUGCUUUGGUUUGGUUUUGUUGUGUUUUUUUUUUGGGGAGGGGGGUGUCUUGAAGAAAACCCACACACCCGCUCCUCGAAGCUGUUCAGCACGCGUGAGAUCCCAGGAAAAGACAUUGCAUCCUUCUGGGUUUGUGUGUCAAGGGGGAUUAGCAAAUCCUGGACUUUUUUUUUUUUUUAAUUGUUAUUAUUUUUUUCUUGUUAAAGAAAAACCACCGAGUGACCCAGACUCUAGAGCAGAGGAUUUGCUUUUGCACAGGGAAGGGGCGCGAGCGCUCUCUGCUGCCUGGAGAGGCCGGAAAACUACUGAAAAAUAGCUUGGGAACUGAUUAUUUUUUUCCUUGUGGUGAAACUUGGAUAACACUUCUCAAUGCAAAACGAUUCACUCGACGUGUGUAGAUUCACCCACCUUUUAUAUUAUAUAUAUAUGCCUGAAUAUAUAUAUUUAUAAAAGAAAGGGAGGAAGAAGAGGAAGACACCCGAAGGCGCAUUUUGAAGUGACUGCACCUAUAAUCGCAAAUGCUGCUUUUUUUUAUUGCUAUGGCACAAGAACAUCCAUUGGGAAAAUGCGGAAGAUUUCAGAAGUCUCCUUUCUCCCGCUGGUCUUUCAGCCCUCUUCUCUUCGUCUGCACUAAAACCAUCCGUAUCACUGCCGUCUCCCCGCUCUUUCCUUUCUUGCUCCCUGCAUCCAAACCGUACCGAUUAAAAACAAAAAAAAAGAAAAUUAGUUACCUGCUGGUUUAUUUGGGUUGUGUCUUAACUAUUUAUCAUGUAUGUAUAUAUUUGUGGGUGAAGAUUGUGAACCUGGGCUUGUUUGAAGCUAGUGGUGAGUGUUUCAAAAAAUAUGGUUUGGGAAAUAUGCCUUUUUUCUUUAUUUUUGUUCGUAGUCUUAAAACUAAAACAAAACUUGAGUCUGCCGUGAUGAUUUCCCAUUGCACUGAAUGUUCUGCUUUGUCUCGGACGGUUUCACCUGCAGUUUGGUUUUGGUUUGCUCCACGUCAAUGAUUUGAGAUGACUUUGUCAAAGCUCCAGAUUGAAAGAAGGAAAAAGAAGGCAAGCCCUGUCGAAAGCGCCUACUGUCAAUGCUGUAACUCGCAAGGAACUGCUUGGCCGAAGCCUUUCUGUGAGCAUGGAAGGGGGUGUCUAGCGCUUCCCCUGGUGCUUCUGUGCGAUGGUUACGGGGUGGGAACAAGAUCUUUUCUAGCGAGGUUUUAUCAUCGUUACCAGAUGGUUGCACAUUUAUAUAUAUAUUAUUUUUUUUUUUUUGCCUAAAUGGAUUUGCCACAAUGAAAUGUCAUAACAUUUAUGACAUGGUAUUAAAAAGUGUAUUGUAAAGCCAAGUUCUAGAUGGAUUUUAAAAAGAAAUCUUGGUUAUAAACCCAGUCUAAAGGGAGCUCUGUCCAGUGUUGUAAAGACAACAUGAUGUAACCCAUAUUUAUAUUUUUAUAAAAUACCUAUUAAGACUGUGAAUCUCCUGUGUGAAUUGCUGGGUGAGUUGUUUCAGAAAAGUAUUGUUCCUUUCCAGCUUCCUGGAGCUUUAGACAUGCUGAGAUUUUUGGGAAACUGUCCGUUGGGGAAGGGGGUUUGCUCUGAAAUUGUGAGUUGAUGUAUUUUUACAUCCCUUUUGUAUUGUACUGAAAAGCUGCUGCCCUCCCUAGUCCCUAGAGUUUCAAUUUUUCUAUGCAACCCCCACACCCCCCAUCUCUCUUGAUCCUGAGAAGUAAAAGGGAUGCAGAUUUGAUUCCGAUCGAAAUGAGGGUCCCCCCCAUCCCCCUUGUUGGCUCAUCGUGCUGCUGACCCUUCACGCCAAAACGGGGAGUACAAGAGAAAAUAAAAGAGGCAGGUGGGGGAGGCUCCUUUGUGCAUGACUGGUCGCCUUCUGGCAGUCAUCUUUUUAAUUAAUUAUUAUUAUUUUUGUAAGAAGAAUAUAUUGAUAAUGUCAGUGAAAUAAGCAGACAUUGAAGCUGAUGCACAGAUUGCUCCAGAAAGGAGUUUUUCUGUAGAUUUUUCUUUAGAUGCGAAUACCUUUUUUAAUUAUGUUAAUUAAUGUUAAGAAUUUCUAGGCUUAUAUUGAAGCUGUAUGUGGGUCACUAUAUGAUCAUUUCUAACUGGAUAAAGUCUGUACAGUACAGCAUAUUCCUGAGUGUAAGAUAGAGACGUGUAGCCCCAGAG